GUCGGCUAUCUAUUCAGCUAUUGGCGGUGUAUCUAUCGAAGCGCAAGGCACGAGCGCCAAUAACUACUCUCUCCUCAUCUUCCUCAAGUAUCCUCGACGUCAAUUACAAUUAUGAGUGGACUCGAUCUUCAACCGACUAAACUCGGCAAUAAAGAACAUUGGGACGACGUAUAUAAAGGCGAGAUUGCGAACUUUGAAGAGAUCGGUGAUGAAGGCGAAAUCUGGCAUUGGAGUUUUUUCGUCCCCAUUUUCACAAGCACUCAUCGGGAAAUCCUCUAGGUUUGGCGUCGAGAGUGUUGAAAAGAUGGUAUCAUGGGUCAUGGAAAACACACCUCCAUCCUCAGACCCGUUUGUACUCGAGGUUGGUAGUGGAAACGGCACAUUGAUAUUGGCUCUUCUUGAGAAAAACUACCUCGCGCAAAAUCUAGCUGGUAUCGAUUAUAGUGCUGAUGCUGUUAAACUUUCAAAACUAGUCGCUGCAGCGAAGGAAGCGGACGUUGUCACCUUCAGUGCUUGCGAUUUCCUAUAUGAAGACCCUCCUCACCUACCUCACAUGGACCCUACGAAGACCGAUGUCUGGGAUCUUUUACUUGACAAGGGUACAUAUGAUGCUAUUGCACUGGGAAAUAAAGACGAGCAAGGACAUUCGCCUGCAAUACAUUAUCCCAGUCGUGCCGCAAGGUUGAUCAGACCUGGAGGAUUUUUCUUGAUAACGUCUUGCAACUUCACUGAGGAGGAACUCAAAGUAAAUUUUAUCUCUGAGGCGACUGGAUUCAAGCACCACUCCAGAAUACAACAUCCAACAUUCACAUUCGGUGGUAAAAGCGGAAGUGUUUGUUGUAGUGUCGCGUUUCAGAAAGCUAAUUAAAGACGUCUAUGUAUCUAAAGGCGGGGAACGAUAUCCAAGCCGGUCUGUAUUGUAUCUUCGGCUACAUCCAUGCCCCAU